AAAAUUCGCAAUCAUCACAUCCACCGUGGAGGUUGCCAUACAACAUGUCCACAAAAAAAGAGUUCUCUGAUCUCCACAUUAUUCCUCUUGAGGAUCUGGAAAAACUACUGAAGACAAACACCAAAACCGGACUAAGUACUGCUGAUGCCUUGGAAAAAUUGAAAACCAACGGAAAAAACGUUCUGACGCCACCAAAGAAGACACCGGAAUGGGUUAAGUUCAUGAAAACUAUGUUCACGGGAUUUGCAGCCUUGCUCUGGAUUGCAGGGAUUCUAUGCUUUAUUGCCUAUAUCGUGGAGAGUAGUGAGAACCCGGAUGAUGUAAGCCCUGACAAUUUAUACAUCGGAUGUGCCUUGGUUGUUGUUGUUGCAAUUUCAGGAAUUUUCACUUACAUGCAAGAAAGGCAAUCUGGAAAGAUCAUGGAAAGUUUUAGUAAAAUGGUUCCUCCGUUGGCCAAUGUUCUUAGGGAUGGCAAAGUAACAGCUAUAGAAGCUUGUGACAUUGUACUUGGAGAUGUAGUGGAAAUUCGUGGAGGGGAUAAGGUUCCUGCUGACCUGAGAAUUUUUGAAUCUAAUGCUGUGAAGGUUGAUAACUCAAGUCUGACUGGAGAAAGUAUUGCAGUUAGUCUGAAACCGGACCUUUCAGAAAAGAACCGUAUGGAAUCCAGAAAUGUAGCCUUUUUCUCUACCAAUGUAAUGGAAGGUUCUGGUAAAGGAAUUGUCAUCGAAACUGGAGACAACACUGCUAUAGGAUCAAUAGCGAAAAUGGUGUCUGGUCUAGGCCAACGUAAAACCCCAAUCAGCAGAGAGUUGGAUAGUUUUAUCAAGACUAUUACAAGCAUAGCUGUCAUUUUAGGUGUUGUAUUCUUUAUAGUAGCAGUGUGUCUAGGUACAGAACUAAUCAAAGCUGUUAUAUUUCUUAUUGGUAUAAUAGUUGCCAAUGUCCCUGAAGGUCUCCUAGUUACAGUAACUGUAACCCUAACACUCACUGCUAAGCGUAUGGCUACAAAAAACUGUUUGGUCAAAAACUUGGAAGCUGUUGAGACACUUGGUUCCACCAGUGUGAUAUGUACUGAUAAAACAGGAACCUUGACCCAGAAUAAGAUGACAGUGGCACAUUUCUGGAUUAGUAACAAAACAAUAGCUUUAGACACGGGAGAGAAUAGUUACGGUACAAGCUUCAAUAAACAGACUGAUGGUUGGGCGGAGCUUUCACGAAUUGCAUGUCUUUGCUCUGCAGCAGAAUUUCUUGAAUCUGAUCAAGAAAAUCCACUUCUCCAAAAAAUGAAGGGAGAUGCUUCUGAGCAAGGAAUUUUGAGGUGUUAUGAGUCUAUUAUGAGUAACUCCUCUGCUGUUAGAGAAGCUAAUCCAAAAGUUGUUGAGAUUCCAUUCAAUUCCAGCAAUAAAUAUCAGGUUUCAGUUCACGAUGUGGAUAGAAGUGGAAAAUAUCUUCUUGUUAUGAAAGGAGCUCCAGAAAUAAUUUUCAAAAAAUGUAAAACAAUUCUGAUUAACGGAGAAGAUUUGGAAAUAGAUGAAAAGAUUUCUAAUGACUUCCAGAAAGCCUAUAUGGACCUAGGAGAGCAGGGAGAACGUGUUCUUGGGUUUUGUGAUCUAACCCUGAACCCACAAGAAUUUCCUUCCGGCUUCGAGUUUGACGUAGAAGAUGAACCAAACUUUCCACUUUCUGAUUUAAGAUUUGUUGGUUUGAUGAGCAUGAUUGAUCCUCCUAAGAGCAGUGUUCCUGAUGCAGUGGCCAAAUGUAGAUCAGCAGGGAUCAAGGUUAUCAUGGUUACAGGAGACCAUCCUAUUACUGCAGCAGCUAUUGCUAGACAGGUUGGAAUUAUCUCUGAAGAAUCCACUAACUUGAUUUACACAGACAAAACAGAUCCAAAUGAUGUUGUUGAGAAGAAUGUUGCAGCAGUUGUUCCUGGAGGUGUGUUGCUAGAUAUGGAAGAGUCUACCCUUCUCUCAUUGAUUGAACACCAUUGGGAGAUUGUGUUUGCUAGAACCAGUCCAGAGCAGAAACUUAGAAUAGUUUCAGCUUUCCAAACAACAGGAGCCAUUGUUGCUGUAACUGGGGAUGGAGUGAAUGAUUCCCCUGCAUUGAAAAAAGGAGAUAUUGGCGUGGCAAUGGGAAUAUCAGGUUCUGAAGUAUCAAAGGAAGCAGCAGAUAUGAUACUAUUGGACGAUAACUUUGCAACUAUUGUGACUGGUGUAGAGGAAGGAAGAUUGAUAUUCGAUAAUCUCAAGAAAUCUAUUGUGUACACACUUACAAGCAAUAUACCGGAGAUUCUUCCAUUCUUGUGCUGGGUCAUAUUUAGUAUCCCCCUCCCUCUAUCUACGGUUUGCAUACUUCUUAUUGAUCUUGGUACAGAUAUGUUUCCAGCUAUAUCCUUAGCCUACGAGAAAGCAGAAAGUGAUAUAAUGCAAAGAAAACCAAGAAAUGCUAACACUGACAGAUUGGUGAAUGGACGACUAAUAUUCUUGGCAUAUGGUAUUAUCGGAUUUAUUCAAGCUGCAGCAGGAUUAUUUAUCUAUUUUGUCGUCAUGGCAGAGCACGGUUGGUUACCGUCUCGCCUUCUUUAUAUUCGAGCUGAAUGGGAUAACCCUGAUAUCAAUGGGCUUGCUGACAGUUUCGGACAGGAGUGGAGCUAUGGACAAAGAAAAACUCUAGAAAGUACUUCUCAAACAGCAUUCUUCCUUGCAAUUGUUCAGGUUCAAUGGACUGAUUUGAUUAUCAGUAAGACCAGGAAGGUUUCUAUUUUGACACAAAAAAUGAAUAACUGGAUUCUCAACUCUUCUAUUGUGUUUGAAACAGUACUAGCUAUAAUCCUGAUCUAUACUCCUGUUGUACCUCAGUAUGUUGGACUGUAUCCUUUGAAUCCAACAUGGUGGAUUCCUGCACUUCCUUUCAGUCUUUUUAUUCUUAUAAUUGAUGAAACAAGAAGAUAUAUACUUAGAUCACCUCCCAGCCCUUUACAGAGAUUUAUUACUAAAGAAACUUAUUAUUAAAUAUUCGACCUCUACAAGAAUACUUAUCUAAUCUUUGUGUUUUAUAUAUGAUAAUUUUUAAUUGUAAGUUCUGAGAUGUUUGCUCAAUAAAAUUAGUUUCUAGUUA